GCUGCCUCCCGCAGUGUGACCGACGCGCUGGAGGUCUGGGCCGGGGAGCUCGGCGUCCGCCCGCCGCUCGGCUGCCGGUGCCGGCCAGAGGAGCACGCCACGAAGCUCAGGGAGGCCUUGGGGCGGCGGGCCGCAUCGCUGAGCCUGGGUGAGGGGAAGGCCACACUGCAGCCGCGGGACGAGGCCCAGUGCUCGGCCCUGGAUCUCUUCAAGCUGCCUGUCACCGAGGCGAGGAGCCAGCUCCAGGCGCUGGUGUUUGGCAUGGCGGAGCAUGUGGAAAGCCUGGAGAGACGCCUGGAAGCAGUGGUGGAGACACUGGCGUCUUCCUGCAGCCCUGAGAAGAACGCUGCCUGGAGCCAGCAGCUCUUCCUACCAGGACUGCCAAAGCAACUAGCUGACCUUUUGCAAUCCCUGUCCUGCCUGUCCCUGACCGAGGCAGACCCCAGCCCCAGGAAGAACAGGGGUGCUGGCUCAGCUUUGUCAGCCAAGAGGAAGAUCCCAGGAGAGUCUCUCAUUAACCCUGGCUUCAAAAGCAAGAGGGCACCAUCUGGAGUGGAUUUUGAGGACUCCUGACCUGUGCUGUCCCGUCCCCUGAUGACAGUCCUACCGGAGCCUUGUCAGCCGCGUGUGUGGCUGGUGGAGGAGGUUUCGCUGCACCCUGGGCCUGCUGAGCCCCUUGCACCCAGGGAGGCGGACGGGGCAAGCAGGACCCAGAGGGCUAGAGCCAGCACCUGGCAGGCCUGAGCAGGCAGCAGAUCCUCAGCUGGUGCAGUGGCAGGGCCUUUGGCGGGGACAGAUGGGGUAGGGGUGACAGAAGUUGUGGCUUUUUUACCUGCAGCUCUUCCCUGCUGGUAGGGGCCACCUCUCUACCUUGCUUGCCAUGAAUUGGUAGGGUUUUUAAAGAACUUUUAUAUCGCUAUGUAACAAAAAGAUUGCCUGUACUUAACUGAUUGCUAGUAAAGGUGGUUUUAGCCAGCUGGUCUCUGGGGACUGGGACAACGC